UUUUAUUCGGGUCCCUGAACUGUAUAACAGUUGUUUUUAUUUCUUUUUUCUCUUCUUUUCUUUUUUUUUCUUUAUCUUUUUUUAUUUUUAUAAAGAAACACAUUUUUUAUUAUGUCUAAAGCUAUUGGUAUUGAUUUGGGUACUACUUACUCUUGUGUUGGUGUCUGGCAAAACGACCGUGUGGAAAUCAUUGCCAACGAUCAAGGUAACCGUACCACUCCCUCUUACGUUGCUUUCACCGAUACCGAACGUUUGAUUGGUGAUGCUGCUAAGAAUCAAGCUGCUUUGAACACUGCUGGUACCGUUUUUGAUGCCAAGCGUUUGAUCGGUCGUCGCUUCAACGAUGCUGAAGUUCAAUCUGAUAUGAAGCACUGGUCUUUCAAGGUCAUUGAAAAGGAUUCCAAGCCUAUCAUUCAAGUUGAAUUCAAGGGUGAAACCAAGACCUUCACUCCUGAAGAAAUCUCUUCCAUGAUCUUGAUCAAGAUGCGUGAAAUUGCUGAAGCUUACUUGGGUGCCGCUGUCAAGGAUGCUGUCAUCACUGUUCCUGCUUACUUCAACGAUUCUCAACGUCAAGCUACCAAGGAUGCUGGUUUGAUUGCUGGUUUGAACGUUCAACGUAUCAUCAACGAACCUACUGCUGCUGCCAUUGCUUACGGUUUGGACAAGAAGGAUGAUGGUGAACGUAACGUCCUUAUCUUCGAUUUGGGUGGUGGUACCUUUGAUGUCUCCCUUUUGACCAUUGAAGAUGGUAUCUUUGAAGUCAAGGCUACUGCUGGUGAUACUCACUUGGGUGGUGAAGAUUUCGAUAACCGUUUGGUCUCUCACUUUAUUCAAGAAUUCAAGCGCAAGUUCAAGAAGGAUAUUACUGGUAACGCUCGUGCUGUCCGUCGUCUCCGUACUGCUUGUGAACGUGCCAAGCGUACUUUGUCUUCUUCUGCUCAAACCUCUAUUGAAAUCGAUUCCUUGUUCGAAGGUAUUGAUUACUACACCUCUUUGACUCGUGCCCGUUUCGAAGAACUCAACCAAGAUCUCUUCCGUUCUACUAUGGAACCCGUUGAAAAGGUCUUGCGUGACUCCAAGAUUGAUAAGGGAUCUGUCCACGAAGUUGUUAUGGUUGGUGGUUCUACUCGUAUCCCCAAGAUCCAAAAGAUGGUUUCUGACUUCUUCAAUGGUAAGGAACCUAACCGAUCCAUCAAUCCUGAUGAAGCUGUUGCCUAUGGUGCUGCUGUUCAAGCUGCUAUCUUGUCUGGUGAUACCUCUGAAAAGACUGACUCUUUGUUGUUGUUGGAUGUUGCUCCUCUCUCCUUGGGUAUUGAAACCGCUGGUGGUGUGAUGACUGCCUUGAUCAAGCGUAACACUACUGUUCCCACCAAGAAGUCUGAAGUCUUCUCCACUUAUGCUGAUAACCAACCCGGUGUGUUGAUUCAAGUGUUCGAAGGUGAACGUGCUCGUACCAAGGAUAACAACAUCCUCGGUAAGUUCGAAUUGUCUGGUAUUCCUCCUGCUCCUCGUGGUGUUCCCCAAAUUGAAGUUACCUUCGAUGUCGAUGCCAACGGUAUUUUGAACGUCAGUGCUUUGGAUAAGACCACCGGUAAGUCCAACAAGAUUACCAUCACCAACGAUAAGGGUCGUCUCUCCAAGGAAGAUAUCGAACGUAUGGUCAACGAUGCCGAAAAGUACAAGGCUGAAGAUGAAGAAGCUGCUGCUCGUAUCCAAGCCAAGAACGGUCUUGAAUCUUAUGCUUACAACCUCCGUAACACUCUUCAAGAUGAAAAGGUUGGUGGUGCCCUCCCUGAAGAAGAUAAGUCCAAGAUCUCUGCUGCUGCCGAUGAAGCUAUCCAAUGGCUCGAUAACUCUCAAGAAGCCUCCAAGGAAGAAUAUGAAUCCAAGCAAAAGGAAUUGGAAGAAAUCGUCAACCCUAUCAUGAUGAAGUUCUACCAACAAAAUGGCGGUGCUGCUGCUGGUGGUAUGCCUACUGGUGGUAUGCCUGGUGCUCCUCCUUCCAGCACUGAUGAAACUGAUGGUCCUUCCAUUGAAGAAGUCGAUUAAAUUUAAUCACUUUUUUAAGGAUCUCAUUCUAUUUAGUACAUAGUCUUUUUUUAAAACAACGCAUUAUUUCCCUCUCUUUACAAUAUUUAUAGAAUAUAUGUACAUUUCUCUAUUAUACAAAAAAUAAAAAGCAUGUUUUGUUUGUCCAAUGAA